UCCAGGUGGCUGGGCACAGGGGACCAGCUCCUCUCCAGAGGGUAGGACAGAAUGUCCAGGUCAGAAAAACACUCUCAUGGUCCCUGGCCAGACACCCAAGGGCGGCCGACCGGCCACAGCGCCCUGGCGAGGUGCUGAAGUGGUGGCAUGAGCAUGGCAUGAGGGCCGGCUGCCGUUACACUGCUGCUGUUGAACCCAACGGUCACCUGCCACCGUUCACCAGUCCCUCCGUGGGCCCCUCCGUAAACAUGCAGGCAGAUGAACGCAUCAAUAUUGAGGAUGAACGCGUCAGUAUUGAGGAUGAACGCUUCAAUAUUGAGGACUAUCUGCAUAAAACCAAAAAUUACUCAGUACAUGACAAGCAACCACACUUCAAAGGGCUUUUAGAAAAGAAAUACAAUGAAGCCUGUGAAUAUUGCAAGGAACAUAAAAGCAGAAUGCAGUAUGGGAUCUAUGGAAUUUUAAUAACAGCAUACUUGGCAGGAGUUAUUGCAACCUGCAGCUUGAAUUUUCAGAGAGCCUUGCCACUCUUUAUUGUCACUGUCCUAGCCAUCUUCUUCAUCUGCUGGGAUUUCUUAACAACUAAGUAUGAAGAAAGAAUCGCUCUUCUCUUUUCCCCUGCAGAAACAUAUUUCAAGAAACAUUGGUUUUGGCUGAAAUGGGCAUUGUGUGUAGCUUUUCUUAUAACUUUUAUCUUCUGGAUCAUCUUUGACAUAGCAGAACGGGGAUACCAACACCUGAUCUCCUUUGGUGGUCUCUUGAUGUAUGUUUUCUUGCUGUUUAUAUUUUCCAAAUAUCCAAACAGAAUUGUUUGGAGACCAGUAUUUUCAGGAAUAGCAAUGCAGUUUCUUCUUGGCAUUCUUGUUAUGCGGACCAGCGUGGGGUUUGAUAUGUUUAACUGGCUAGGCAUUCAGAUCCAGACUUUUCUGGAGUACGCUGACGCAGGUGCUAAGUUUGUGUUCGGUGAGAAAUAUAGAGAUCAUUUCUUUGCUUUUAAGGUCCUGCCAGUUUUGGUUUUCUUCAGUACAGUAAUGUCUAUGCUUUACCACAUUGGAUUCAUGCAGUGGCUCGUUGCAAAGGUUGGUUGGACAAUGCAAAUUUUAAUGGGGACAGCUCCUGUUGAGUCUCUGGUAGCUGCAGGUAACAUAUUUGUGGGACAGACAGAGUCUCCUCUCAUGGUACGGCCCUACUUACCAUACAUCACCAUAUCUGAAAUCCAUGCAAUCAUGACAGCUGGAUUCUCAACUAUUGCUGGAACUGUCUUCGGAGCAUAUGUUUCUUUUGGGAUUUCUCCUUCCCACCUACUGACCGCUUCUGUCAUGUCAGCACCAGCAUCAUUAGCCACCUCCAAACUAUUCUGGCCUGAAACUGAAAAGCCUAUACUAACACAGAGAAAUGACCUACAAAUGAUAAAAAGUGAAACAAAAAGCAUGCUGGAAGCAGCCCUUCUAGGUGCCUCUUCUUCCAUCAAGCUAGUAGCGAACGUCCUUGUGAACCUGAUCUCCUUCCUUUCCCUGCUGGCUUUCAUGGACUCAGCCCUCUCUUGGGUGGGAGACCUGUUCAACUAUCCACAGCUGAACUUUGAGAAAAUUUGUGCUUAUAUCUUCAUGCCAUUCUCUUUCAUGAUGGGGGUAGACUGGGAAGACUGUUUUAUUGUUGCUGGACUACUAGGUUACAAAACUUUCUUCAAUGAAUUUGUGGCUUAUGAGCGGCUCUCAAAACUGAUUCACAACCGAGAAAAGGGUGGGAAGAUGUACAUUAAUGGUGUGAAACAGUACAUGACAGUUCGCUCUGAAGUCAUUGCCACCUACGCUCUUUGUGGGUUUGCCAACUUUGGCUCCCUGGGAAUUGUAACAGGAGGCUUGACAAGCAUUGCUCCCUCAAAACAAAAGGAAAUAGCUGCCAGUGGUUUCAGAGCAUUGAUUGCAGGAACUGUGGCCUGUUUCAUGACUGCCUGCGUGGCAGGAAUGCUGGUCAUCCCUGAUCUGGAAGUUCCUUGCCACAUCUUUUUAGGAAAUGCCUUCAACUCCACAGACUUCCCUGCCAACAGCACAAAGCUAGUUGAAUGCUGCCAGCAACUCUUCACCAGCAUAAAUGGUUCACAGGAGAUCUUCCAUGGAGGAAACUACACCUUGAGUUCCUGGAAAGGAUGUUGCCGAAUACUGGAUCAACCUGCUCUUAAUUGCACUUCGAUUUAACCUUAAUUUUCUGUGGGGGACAGAUCAUAAAUAAGAGCUGUAUUCCUUGGUGAAAAGUUAAUAAAAAAUUUCCUUUUCUGCAACAUGUGUGAACCCCCAUCUCUUACCAGCCCAGUUCCUCUGACUUGCUUGGAAUUACUUAUAAAUUAAACUGGGAUUAGCUCAAGACACCUCUUUCUGCAGAUCUCUUCUUGAACUAAAGAUCUGUAGAGUAGGAGAACAUUUCUGAGCCUGAUUCUCCUGAUUUCAUUUCUACCCCCAAACUGAUGAAUUUACAGAAU